AUGGGCUGCACUCCGUCGGCACCGACACCGCCAUCGGAGGCGUUGUCCGACAAAUUCGGCCCACCGCCGCCGAUACCCGUCGACAUCGGCACCGGCAUUCGCCAUCAGCUCAAUUCCACCGACGUCACCAUCAUUUUCAUUUUUGGCGGUCCCGCAUCGCAAAAAGGCCUCGUCAUCCAAGAAUUGACCGGCUCGUUCAAUUUCGUCUCGAUCUCCGUCGAGGACAUCGUCUUCAAUUAUUUGCCGAAUCGCGUCGCCAACACGAUCGAGUCGAUCGGCGAGAUACAGGAGAUACUCAAACGCGAUCAGGGCAUUCUCACCGUCGACUGGAUAUUGUCGAUGAUCAGCGCGAAACUCUCGACGUCGAUGGGCCAACGAUUCGUCGUCGACAUCGUGCCGACGCUCGCCACAAUCAUGAAGGCCGACAGCUACAAAUCGCGAACGCACGAUCGGAGUUUGGAGAAUUUCGAGCGAACGCAUCCGAUCACAUUCGCGCUUGACAUCAGUGUGCUCGAUGAGCAGGAGCUCAUCGCGCCGAAUGAGAGCGCCAAAGAGGCGAACAACAAGAAGCUGAGUCCCGAGAUGAGUCAGUUCAUGAAGGGCAUCGAUGACAUCGACAAAGGACGCCUCGAGAAGCGCCUCGAUGAGUACCAUCAGUGCGCCGAGCCGUUCCUUCGCUAUUUCCACAAAACGCGCCGAAUCGCUCGCCUCUCGCUUCACACCGGCUCGUUCGCGAAUCUCGUGCCGACGUGCCGCGACGUGAUGCUCGAGUUCGGCUUCACGCUGUCGCGACGUGACGACCACGUGCUCGUGUUCAGCGCGCAAGUCGUCCACGAGAAUCUCGAUCUCGAUUACUACAAACUCAAGCGUGUCGACAUCGCCGAGUUGUGCAAACCGUCCGAUGGUCUCGUCGCCCAAAUUGCCGCCCUCCACAAGUACAUCGCGUCGCACGGACGACCCGGCGACAAUUUUCUUGUGAUCAUGCGAAAUGUGAAGAAGAAUGACAUAACGAAGUCCAAACGAAUCAAUUUCAUGGAAAAAAAGAGCGAAGCCUAUCUCGACGAGUUUAUCAAGAAUAAGCAACACGAUCGACCGCCAAAAUCACGGUGUCGAACCGCAAUCAAUUGCGUCUCCUCGUCGCGCCAAAUUAUUCUAUUUCUCGAGCCGUUCUCGAGCACCAUCGCGCAAAACAUCGCCUCGUUGUACAACAAAAUGGUAAAACGCAAAUCGUCAACAGGCGUCACGUCAAUGUCGCGUUUGCAGCGCGAGGCGCCAUCGUCGCGCGGCACCGCCGCCGACGCCAACAACACCUGA